GACGUUAAAGGAGUUCCGCAAUGAGAGCAGGAUGCUGUGGUGCAGACCAGAAAGCUCCGAUAAGCUUGUUGGGGAGUUCCUUGGCACUGGACCAAUAGUCAGAAACAAGAUGAUAAAAAACUGGGGUGUCAUUGGAGGGAUAGCUGCUGCGGUUGCAGCUGGAGUAUACGUUUUGUGGGGCCCAAUUACAGAAAGAAAGAAGAGGAAAAGAGGUAUGGUUCCUGGUCUGUUGAACUUGGGCAACACCUGCUUCCUGAACUCGUUGCUUCAGGGUUUAGCAGCUUGUCCAUCCUUCAUCAGGUGGCUGGAGACGUUUUCGGGUUCCCCAAUAAUCCAGUCAUGCAAAGACAACCAGCUGUCCACGACACUACUUCAGCUUCUCAAAGCUCUGUCCAGUGAUGAGCCCGGGGACGAAGACGUUCUUGAUGCCGGGUGUCUCCUGGAUGUUCUCAGACUGUACCGGUGGCACAUCAGUUCAUUUGAAGAGCAGGAUACACACGAACUCUUUCAUGUCCUUACAUCUUCUCUGGAGGAGGAGCGGGAUCGUCAACCCAAAGUCGCUCACUUGUUUGACAUGGAGUCCCUCGAGAGCAUCCCCGAUCAAGAUGAGAAAACUAUGACUUGCAGAAGUCGAGCCCCUCUUCAUCCAAUACCAAGUCCCUGGAAAUCUCAGCAUCCUUUUCAUGGUCGUUUAACAAGCAAUAUGUCAUGCAAGCGCUGCGAACAACAAAGUCCGGUGCGGUAUGACUCAUUCGAGAGCCUCUCCCUGUCCAUCCCUUUACCUCAGUGGGGUCGACCUAUUUCUCUAGAUCAGUGUCUUCAGCACUUCAUCUCCUCGGAAACCAUCAAAGAAGUGGAGUGUGAAAACUGCACAAAGCUUCAUCAAGGGACCACAGUUAAUGGGCAAGUUCUGGAAAGCCAGAGGACAACCUUUGUUAAACAACUAAAACUGGGAAAGCUCCCCCAGUGCCUCUGCAUCCAUUUACAAAGACUGACGUGGUCCAGUGAAGGAACACCCAUCAAAAGACAGGAGCAUGUGCAGUUCACAGAGUAUCUAUCGAUGGACCGCUACAAACACAGCGUCUCCACACACAGAAGUCAGCGGAUCAAAUGUGCCCCAACCUCCAUAAAGGCAGAAAAUUCAGCUGAUUCCAUGGAAAAGCCCUCUGCUAAUGGCACCGAAGCAGAGCAUCGUAACAACAACAACAAACCUUUUACUAACGGAACAUGUUCGACUGUAUUUCUUCAUUCUCCUGGUGUGAGCCCACAGCUCGGCCUCACAUAUGACUACAGUUCCACAGAGUACCUGUUCCAGCUCACGGCUGUGCUGGUUCAUCACGGUGACAUGCACUCAGGACAUUUCGUCACGUACCGCCGCAGCCCUUCCUCACCCCGCACCGCUUCACCCUUCAGCUCCCAGUGGCUCUGGGUGUCGGACGACUCGGUACGAAAGGCCAACCUGCACGAGGUGUUGUCUUCCAACGCCUACAUGCUCUUCUACGAGAGAGUCCGAAGACUGAAUCUCACUCUGCGCUCAGAGGAGUAACCGGAAGCUCUUAAACGUCACAGCCUGACUGACUUCUGCCUUUUCAGUCAAACUGUCACAGCUGUAUGUGCCAGUUACAGCGCGGUUACCAACAGGUGGAUUAUGACUUUUAUAUGACCGGAGAGGAAAGUCAGCCUAGAGGUACUGUAGAGAUUAUUUUGCAUCAUGGAUCACAGCAACAUGUUAAGGGUUGUUGGAUGAUAUUAAAUCCACAAGUGGACACUACGCUUGCUGCUCUGUUUCAGAGCAGGAGGCUCUCGAUCCCAAAGAAUAUGGACCUGCAGGAUUUCUAGUUGGAUAUCUUUGAUCAUGUAAACCACUUUGUUUUGACAUGUGGAACAAUUUCUGUCAUGGAACAUAUUGGCUUCUAUGGGACAAAAAAACAGGAACACUUGACAACAUAGUGUGCUCUAAAGUAAUAGCACUGUAAUGUAAUCUUCACGUGUAAUGUCGACUCACAUCUGUGGCAAUUUUUAAGAUGCUGUAGGUUUUGGUGUUAAAUUUGAACACUAUACAUUUAGGUGUCCCUGUUAUUUUGUCCACUGCCUGUACAUUACAGACACAGAAGUAGCUGAUUAAGAAUUCUUGGAGAUGUUACCUAGAAGUUGUUACAUAUUAUGAAAUCAAUAGGUAGAAUUAUCCCAAACUCUGGUUCGCUAUCGUCUAAACUAAUUAGCCUAAUCAUUCCGAGCAGUGUGUGUAAAACUAUUGGAAUACAUGUUUCAAUUGACAUUGUUAAUCAGCAGUUGAAUUUGAUAUUUUUCUAUGUUUCGAAUGAUCCUUAACACUGUCACAAUUUGCAGAGUUGACGUUAAAGUGCCAUGUUGUCUUUAAAGCGCGAGACUUUUAAUGCACGAAGCCAUGUGUGACUGAUGAUGCAUCGGAGCCAUUCUGAAUGGUGUUGAUGUGAAACAGUUGAACAGAUCAUUUAUAAUGAUCUGAUCUCAGUUAAUAAAGCCACACUAUGACUGCAGGUUUUUGGGCAAGUUAUCCUGAAUAUUUUUAACUCUGUGUAGCUGCCAUUGCUCCUACCAAACCCACUAAGUCAAAUUGAGAAAUGGCCUGGUGCAAAACUCCUUGUUGAUGUUUGCGAUUUUGCACUAAUGUAUAUUCAUGUGAGAUUGUGUGUAAUUGUGUGUAAAAGGU